AUGGCAGAGAUCACACACAAGCCCGUCAAGAGAACACAGCCACUCUCUAUUGCCCAACGGCUAGACUACAUUUUUGCUGCUUUUGGGCUCUCCCAUGGCCCCGUAACAAUCUGUACCUGCUGUCAAACGUGUGAGGGUUCCUACUGUGCGGCCAAAGAGGGAUAUGCCAGGCAAUCGGGUCCUAAGGAGAAGGCCCACUGCAAUGUAGGCUGUCAUGCGGAGUGCUCCUGCAGCAAGGGGGAUUGUGGCUACAUGAACCUGCCAAGCCGUAACUCCUCACUUAUCCGCACUGGCGGCAGCAGCGAGCCAAUGUGGCCAAGGCCCCAUCGUGAGAUUCUACUUGCCUUACUGGACACUGCCAGGAUCCUGACCUUAGAAGGCUCCCACGCACGGUUCCAGUGGCUCUGCAGAGCAGGCAAUCGGCUGACCUCCCACGAGCAAUGGGGGCUUCCCCUGACAUGA